AUGUACAGGACUGCGGCAAGAGCCCCAUCGAGUAGCCAGGAGAAGACAUGGUCUGUAAAUCUGGCUCAUAAAGUGGCUAUAUCCAAUGGGUACCCAACUGGAGAGAGUGCUACUCGACAAGCGCGACAUCCCUCCCAAAGAUCCAAAGCAGUGGAUGGUCCAGGAAAGAUCCGUUAUAUAUCUGAUGAUAUGAGCAGAGCGGUACGAAGCUGCCUGGGUUUAGAGAAUGACGUGAGGGUUGUGGAAAUACCUUCAGCGAUACUCAAGAGUCAACUGAUGCGUAAUCGUCCGUAUGAUCGACUCUGCACUACUCCCAGCUGCGUGCUUUGCGCGUAUGGCAGAGAAGGUGAUUGCAUGGUGUCAGGAGUAGUGUAUUGUAUCGCGUGCAGGUUGUGCGAUGACGAUUAUAUAGGGGAAACGGGACGUCCACUAGGAAUUAGGAUCAGGGCGCAUCUAGAUGGACUCGCAAAAUCUAAACUCUCCACCGCACUCGGGGCACACCGUAGAAUAUGUCAUCAAAGCUCCGAAGUAGAGGUAGAAGUUAGUAUACUAUCCUACGAGUCCGAGAUCACAGCACGCAGAACACUAGAGGCAUUUUGGAUCACCGUCAAAAAUGAACAGGAAGGAUGA